AUGUCGCAAGCUCACGCCUUGUCCGACGACCAAGUCGGACAAGAGCUCCGCAAGAUGACGGCCUUCAUCAAGCAAGAGGCCCUCGAGAAAGCACGCGAGAUCGAGAUAAAAGCCAACGAAGAGUUCAGCAUCGAAAAGUCGAAGCUGGUGCGCCAAGAAACGGAUGCCAUCGACGCAACGUACGCCAAGAAGUUCAAGCAGGCGUCCAUGACGCAGCAGAUCACGCGGUCGACCGUUGCCAACAAGACGCGGCUCAAGGUGCUGGGUUCCCGGCAAGAGCUGCUCGACGAAAUCUUCGCCUCCGCCCAGAACCAGCUCGCCGACGCCACCAAGGACGACAAGAAGUACCGCGAGAUUCUCAAGGGCCUCAUGCUUGAGGGCAUGUACGCCCUCACCGAGAAGGAGGUCGUGGUCCGCGCUCGCGAGAAGGACUACAAGAUUGUCAAGGGCGCUAUUGAGGAUGCUGAGAAGGAGUACAAGGAGAAGACGGGCAAGGAGACCAAGGUUACCAUUGACGAGGAUAAUGCGCUGCCAGAGGGGUCCUCGGGCGGAGUUUCCAUCGUCGGUGGCCAAGGCAAGAUCGACAUCAACAACACCUUUGACGAGCGGUUGCGGCUUCUGCAGAUCAGUGCUCUGCCGGUGAUGCGCAAGACACUGUUUGGCGAUAACCCCAACCGCAAGUUCUUUGACUAA